GUGGCGGCAGGCGGGCAGCCGAGCGCGCGCCAUUCCGACCCACCAUCAUCCUUCCGGCCCCCAUGCCUCCUCCUCCGCCGUCCAUGGCUCCCUCCGCCCUGCCUUCCAGAACCUUCCACCCCCGCCGGCCCCACCCUCAACCCUCCUCCGCUCCCGCUCCUCCUCCGAGGGAGGCCACCGUCCCCUGCUGCGUCUCCCGGCGGAGGGCGGCCGCGCAGCUCCUCCUCUCGGCCGGCCUCCUGACCGCCGUCUCGUCCUCCCCGCCGGCGCCCGCGCUCGCUGCCAGGAGGGGCCGCCGGACCAUCGCGCCGGAGGACUACGCGUCCACACCUGAUGGCCUGAAGUACUACGAUCUCAUUGAAGGGAAGGGCCCAACUGCCGAGAAGGGAUCAACUGUCCAGGUUCAUUUCGACUGCAUAUACCGCAGCAUCACCGUGGUGUCGAGCCGCGAGGCCAAGCUCCUCGCGGGGAACCGGAGCAUCGCACAGCCCUAUGUGUUCACCGUCGGAUCGCUGCCUGGAAAAGAGCGGAAGCGCGAUUUCGCAGACACCGCCAACGGGCUGUUCUCCGCGCAGGCUUCGCCGAAGCCUCCACGGGCCAUGUACAUGAUAACCGAGGGAAUGAAAGUUGGAGGGAAGAGGAGGGUGAUUGUGCCUCCAGAUCUGGGUUAUGGGAAAAAGGGGCAGGGCGAGAUACCGGCUGAUGCUAGUUUUGAACUGGAUAUAGAGCUUUUGGAAGUGAUCCCUCCCGCAGAUAGUUGACCAUUUUUGCUUACACGUGGAAAAUACUGAUGAGGUACCUGUGAAGCUUCACAAAUUUUAGAGGGGUGUGUUUAUUUUAUACAGUACUUUUUUCGUUCUUAUCAAUGAGACGAGAGCUGUAACCGAGAAUAUGUUAAUAUUAUAUUUUGCCUGGAUAUAUAUCGAAACGUUGGGAGGCAAAGCUUUUGCGUUU